GAAAAUUCAAAACUAAUUUUAAAUUUUCUUGAUAAUAUUUGUGGAUAAGAUUUCACCUAAAUGAGAGUAGACAACGAUUUCUUACAUGCAAAAAACAUAUAUUCAUCUUCCAUCAUGCAUACCCAGUCUCCCUUGCAUCCUGCUUCACUCAAACAGGAUGUCCCAAGAAGAAUAAGAUCAUGAAUUUGAGGUGAAAGUUUGUUUCAUAAAAUUGUGUGAAAUGGGAGAAAAUGGUAAAGAAAGGUUACAUUCUGUCAUCAUCAAGAAGCGCCGAAAUGGACCAAUCACAAGCAAGUCAAAGAUUCAAGCAUCAACUACCAUGGAAACACAUCUUGAUGAAAAGAUCCAUUCGGGAACAGUUUCAGCAGUUGUAAGUUCAAGAACUCAAUCACGUUGCAACAUCUGCAUGGAAGAAAAAAACAACAGUUGCCAAAUAGUUCGAUCAAGAACAAAACUAAUGAAGAUCUUGAUAGAAAGAAAAAAGCCACAAGAAGUCCAAUCAAUCAUGAAAGAUUUAAUCGAAGAUGGACACAUUCCAACUUUAGUCACAUACACAACUCUCCUCGCAGCUUUAACACUCCAAAAGCGUUUCAAUUCCAUUCCAUCUCUCCUUUCAAAAGUCGAAUCCAACGGAUUAAAACCCGAUUCCAUCUUCUUCAACGCCAUCAUCAACGCCUUUUCUGAAUCCGGAAACAUGAAAGAAGCCAUGAAAAUGUACAAGAAAAUGAAGGAUAGUGGAUGUAAGCCAACAACAAGCACUUUAAACACUUUAGUUAAAGGACUUGGAAUCAUUGGGAAACCCGAAGAAUGUUUAAAGUUAUUGGAAAUAAUGACAACUGAAGAGAAAGUGAAGCCGAAUGAUAGAACGUUUAAUAUUAUCGCUCAAGCUUGGUGUAGUAAGGGGAAUAUUAUAGAAGCUUGGAAUGUUGUGGAUAAGAUGGUUGUUUUUGGUAUAAAACCUGAUGUUGUGACGUAUAAUACGAUUGCGAAAGCUUAUGCUAUGAAUGGAGAUACGUAUAGAGCUGAAGAGAUGAUUUUUCAGAUGCAGUAUCAUAAAGUAGCGCCAAAUAAACGAACGUGUGGGAUUAUAGUUAAUGGGUAUUGUAGAGAAGGUAAUAUGAUGGAUGCUAUGAGAUUUGUUUAUAGAAUGAAGAAUCUUGGAGUGCCUCCAAAUGAUGUUGUCUUCAAUUCGCUCAUCAAAGGGUUUCUUGAUACUUCAGAUUCUGAUGGAGUUGAUGAGGCACUAAAGUUGAUGGAGGAAUUCGGGGUGAAACCAGAUGUGAUUACAUUCAGCACGAUUAUGAAUGCAUGGAGUUCAGUAGGAUUAAUGGAAAAAUGUCAAGAUAUCUUUGAUGACAUGAUGAAAGCUGGAAUAGAACCAGACAUUCAUGCAUUCAGUAUCUUAGCUAAAGGCUAUGUUCGAGCUGGAGAACCCAAGAAAGCCGAAUCACUUUUGCAAGUUAUGAAAGAAUCAAAUGUAAGCCCAAAUGUUGUCAUCUUCACUACUAUCAUUAGUGGAUGGUGUAGUGCAGGAAAGAUGGAUUAUGCUAUCAGGGUUUUCAAUGAAAUGGGCAAAAUGGGUAUUUCACCUAAUUUGAAAACUUUUGAAACUUUGAUUUGGGGGUAUGGAGAAGCAAGACAACCAUGGAAAGCAGAAGAGUUGUUGCAGAUCAUGGAGGAAAAAGGGAUUGUUCCACAGAAGAACACUAUUGAGCUUGUUGCAGAUUCAUGGCGUGCUAUUGGUGUUAAUAAUGAAGUUCAAAGGAUAAUGGAUCAUGUUGAAGAAGACGAUGAUGAUGAAUAUAAUGAAAAUGAUGAUGAAAUAAUUGAUUCGGGUAUGAAAUCAAGAAGCGGAAUUGUGGUCAAAAGGUCAACGUUUUCAACUGAAAGCUUGAGUAGUUUGACAAGAAAGUCGAUUUUGAUUGCACAUAGAUGUCGAUUUGGGGUGAAAGCCAUGACAAUGUUUAACAAUAAGGUUCAAGUUAAAGUGCAAGUUGCAAUUUAUGGACACAUGAGCACUUACAAAUUGGUGUUUUGAGGUUAGUAAACUAUGGAUAUGAGUAGAAAGCCUCUUGAAUUGAUUAUGAAGAAUUUGUAAUCAAGAAUUGUGUAAUUUCUGUAUAAAGAAUGCCUAGAUUCAUACACAUUGUAUUCCCAUCUCAACACAAGAAGUUAUGUACAUGUUCUUUGAUCUA